AUGAGAAGAACACGGAGUGUGGAAAUAUUUUUUUAUCUGCCAAAUGAGAAUGAACUGCUAUUAUGUUGUGAUGGGGCUUCUAGAGGGAAUCCAGGAAUUGCAGGUUAUGGCUUUGUAGUAAGGAACCAUUUUGGAUCUUUCAUCUUUGCAGAAUCUGGUGGCUUGGGGAUUACAACUAAUUAUGUAGCAGAAUUUAUCUCUUGUAUCAAGGCUUUAGAAUGGGCAGUUGAGUGUCUCUCUUUCAAGUUAGUACUGCAAUCUGAUUCUAGUAUGUGUGUAAAAGCUUUACAGCAAAACAAGAUUCCUUGGUUUCUGCUGGCUAGAUGGCAAAGAAUUAUGGCUAGUAUUCAAUCAAUUACAUUUAAACAUGCUUACAGAGAAAUCAACUUCUCAGCUGAUCAUUUUGCAAAGAAGGGAGCUUCGUUGCAGAAGGGGCAGACCUUGAGUUUCAAUGACAAGCCAAGCAGUUUACAAAGGAUGGAAAAUCCAGGGCAACCAUAUUACAGAUUUGUUUAG